GCGUUGAAUCCGUCUCCUCCUCGAGCUCAUACAUGACUUCACGGUAACGUUACACAAGUUUGGUAACUUCUAACCGGGAAAUUAACCGCCGCCGUCCGCCGACACGAUGACGGAAAGCUCCGCCAACAAGCUGCUGAACGGGGACGCCUGUCACCGGACCGCCAACGGGAAAAAAUCCGGUAAAAAUGGCUUCGUGAAGAGCCACUGCCUGUUUCAACAGCCGCAGAAGUAUCGUCGCCCCGGGGAGAAGAACCAAAAUGUCCCACACAACUCCAGCCUGUACAAGAAGCCCUUUGUGGAAUCGUUUGAGGAGACUCCUCUCCUUGUGGCCGUGCUCACCUACAUGGGCUACGGCAUCCUCACCGUCUUUGGCUACCUCCGAGACUUUCUUCGCCACUGGGGCAUCGAAAAGUGUCAUGUGGCUCGGGAGAAAGAAGAGCAGAAGGAUUUUGUCCCCCUCUAUCAGGACUUUGAGAACUUUUACACCAGGAACCUGUACAUGAGGAUCCGAGACAACUGGAACAGACCUAUCUGCAGCGUCCCUGGUGCUAAGAUGGACCUGGUGGAGAGAGUUACUCACGACUACAACUGGACCUUCGAGCACACGGGCAAAGUGGUGAAGGACGUCAUCAAUAUGGGCUCAUACAACUACCUCGGCUUCGCUGAGAACACCGGGGCUUGUGCUGACGCUGCUAUUGAGGCCACAGAGAAGUACGGAGUUGGAGUGGGCAGCACUCGAUGUGAGAUUGGGAACCUGGACAUUCAUGAGGAGCUGGAGCAGUUGGUCGCCAGGUUCCUGGGUGUUGAGUCAUCGAUGGCUUUUGGAAUGGGCUUCGCUACGAACUCCAUGAACAUUCCUGCUCUCACUGGGAAGGGCUGUCUUAUUCUGAGUGACGAGCUGAAUCACGCGUCCCUGGUGCUGGGUGCCCGCCUGUCCGGCUCCACAAUUCGGGUCUUCAAACACAACAACAUGCAGAGCCUGGAGAAGCUGCUGAGAGACGCUAUCGCACACGGGCAGCCGAGAACCCACCGACCCUGGAAGAAGAUUCUCAUCGUGGUGGAGGGCAUUUACAGUAUGGAGGGGUCCAUCGUGCGUUUGCCGGAGGUCGUCGCUCUGAAGAAGCGCUACAAGGCGUACCUGUACCUGGACGAGGCCCACAGUAUCGGGGCCCUGGGGCCAAACGGCAGAGGAGUGGUGGACUACUUUGGCCUGGAUCCCAAAGAUGUCGACAUCAUGAUGGGAACAUUCACCAAAAGCUUCGGUGCUGCUGGAGGAUACAUCGGAGGCAAAACGGAGCUUAUCGACUACCUGCGGAGCCACUCUCACAGUGCGCUGUACGCCACCUCCAUGUCCCCUCCUGUGGCUCAGCAGAUCAUCACCUCCAUGAAGAUCAUCAUGGGAGAAGACGGGACCACACUGGGUGCCGAUCGCCUCAGACAGCUGUCAGAAAACACCACAUACUUCCGCAGGAAACUCCGUGAAAUGGGCUUCAUCAUCUACGGAAACGAUGACUCGCCUGUAGUACCCAUGAUGCUCUACAUGCCUGCCAAAAUUGGGGCGUUUGGUCGGGAGAUGGUGAAGAGAAACAUCGGCACGGUGGUCGUCGGCUUCCCGGCAACACCCAUCAUCGAGUCGAGGGCACGUUUCUGCGUUUCUGCUGCUCACACCAGAGAGAUGCUCGACACAGCGCUGGAGGCCAUCAGUGAAGUGGGCGACCUGCUGCAGCUCAAAUACUCCAGACGUGAACAGCCGCUUCCCUCGCUCGGGUGGAUGGCCGAGGAGAGUCUGCUUCAGGACUGAGCCGCGCAUCAGAUCCACCACACACUGCCCCUCUUUUACUUCACCGCUCCUCCUCUGACAUCCCUCGUUUUCCUCUGAGCCAGUCUCUCCGCCUCACCACAUCUCCUCACGUCAGACUCACCAGAACCAAAGUCUCCACAGGUUGACCCCGUUAAGAGACCUGCACACGGGCGCAGCUCGUUAGCCUGCGAACUGUGCAGGCGUGGACCAGAGUCCCCCACGUCUUUCUGUGUGUGUCCGUUUUUGCAAAGAGUCUUAACCAAUAACUGUAUAUAAAGAUGGACAACGCGUCUCCAAAUCGUCCUACUGCACAAAAGUGAGGCCAAAAUAUCUCGAACACGGCCGCUGCUGUCUUGUUCUGGUGAAAUCAUUCAGCGCAGGAGUCUGCGCAAUAUCGUUUUCUGCGUUGUGAGGUCCAACCAAUCACGAGCAGCGCAAUUGAUCCCAAGCACGCCGAUUGGCACAUACAGCUGUCCAAAAUGACGCUAAACUCCCCUUUUAUUGCUUCAAAUAAUUAAUUAAAACCAAAAUUUCCAGAAAUAACCAUUUAAAUCGCUAACCGAACAAUGGAGCUUUGACCGAUUCAUCAGUGAAAAAAAAACAGAACUUGUCGGUUAACAGGUUAACAAGAGUCGGCUAUCGGUCACAAAAACAAAUGUUGAAAUUUGCAUCCCUAACUUAAACAUACAUAAGUGUGAUAAGAACUUAAAAUAACAGAAACCAUAUGAACAUUUUAUUUGACUUUUCCCAUCCAGGGGGCGAGCGAAACGUUUAGGCGUCACUUUUGAGGAGCUGAUUAGUCGUCCGUCUUUAUUUCUCUGGUCCUAACUUAUUGUGACUGCACCGCUCUAACGUCUUAUUCCUGUGCGCACAUCGAAUGUGUAUCUUAUUUGUGCAAUAACAACAACUCGGAGUUUCUUUGUAAUUUGCCAUGAGUUCCUGCUCGUGCACUUGGAGAAAAAAGAAAUGUGAUCGUAGCUGCUGCUAUGACGACCACAAGAGGAAAAAAUUAUAUAUGUAAAUAUUAUUUAUCCCGACGUUGGUGACGCUGCCUGGGGGCGGCGUCCCAAAACCUCAAAGAGAGAUACAUUUUUCACAGGAGUAACUUUAACUGAUGAACUCCGUAUGUAUUUAUCUCAUGGCUUUUUUUUUUUGUUCCUAAUCACUUUUACUUGAACAGAGAGAAAAGAAUAUCGGGUUCUUUCCCUAUAACCAAAGGAUGUAUAUGUAUAAAUAAGUUUUCUACCUUUUCUCUUAAAAUGCAAAGCAGAUGUUCCAAAAAAGAAAAAAUGGUGUAGAAAUCCCAGGGAGCAAGGAAUAUUUUUUACUGCUUAUUUUCUAGAAAUGUUUUUCAGCCUUAUUUACUGUUUACACCUGCACUCAGAAAACUUGAGCCCAGUGUCUUUAACAUUUCUACCAGCUAACGAGUUUCACGCGUGAUUUAUCUUUUUGCCCGCCUUCUCACUCAAGUGCUUUCAUGUGAAUCAGCGUCGACACGAUCUCCGAGCACGAUGACACGCUGUAACUCAGAUCUGUAUGUAUGACGAUGUGCCGCCCGCGCUCAUCUGAUUUACAGACGGCUUUAUUUAUUUAUGUCAUCUUUCUUUUUGUGAGAUUUUUUUAUCUGAAAGGCAGCUCCAAAUGCGUCCCGCUGUGUUUAAACCGACUACCUGCACGUCUGAACUUCAGUGCUCAAACUACUGACAGGCAUCGAACAUGCAUGGAUGAUGUAGUCGCUGAAAUGUGCAAGAACUGUUUGGGUAUGCCUCCGAUGUCGUUUUUUUAUUUAUCGUCUGUGGUUAUCGUCUGGAGUUACAUUCCAUAUCGACCUGCUCUCAGCGGUUUACUGUUUUUGUCCGACUUUUCUGUGUGACGUCGCCUUAAAAACAUCCUGUCCAUGUGUGUGUUUGUGUUCUGUCAUUUAAUCAAUGUGAAUUGGAGUUUAGACCAGGGUUCCCACAGUCAAGGAAAACCUGGAAAAGUCAUGGAAUUCUGCAAUUUCUUAUUCCAGGGAUGGAAAAAAAUCACUAAAAGUUAUUGAGAUUUUUGGAAAAAUCAUAAACUUAAUUGUUACAGUAAUCUACAGUUUAACCUGUAAUGUUCUGUAACAUUAGAGCAAAUUUAUUUCAUUCAAGUGAACUUUUGAUGUAUCGUAUCUCUGAUACGUGUCGACUUUGCAGCACGAUUUAUAUUUCAGCAUCAACAUUGCGAUGCACAAUAAGUGCAUCAAAAAAUGUGCAGUGUCGAGUAAGACGGGUUGCAAAUAUACUGUUGAUAAUGUAAAUCCUGAUAUGACAGUUGAUGCAGAGUUCCCGCAGGUCUUUAAAAAGUCUUAAAAUGCAUUGAAUUCACUAAUAUAGAAAUAAGGCCUUCAUUACUAUUAAAAUGUCUUAAAUUAGUAUUUCAAGAGUCUUAAAAUUGCUCAGACAUAACAAGUAUUGCAUUGCAAUGAUGCCGUUUUGUUUGUUUUUUUUUCAAUUUUGGUUUCUAUAAAAUGUAUCUGAAUUUUCAUCCCUGGCGAGUUGGGACUUUAAAAAAGUCUUAAAAAAUCCUAAAUCUGAACAGCCUUAAGAUGUAGAAACCCUGAGUUGACGGUUAUCACUAUGUGUAAAUUUGCUUAGCUACGAUUUUGAUCAAAAAUAUACCAGUGAACAGAGAAUCUCACUUUUAGGCCCCCAAAACACCGUAACAAAAGUUUAACGUUGCAUGCAAGAACCGUUGCCAUGUAAACGGCCCCUGAUGUCAGCCCAGCCUUCCUCUUUAUGACAGGUUAUGUGUUAUGUGACGUACUGUGGCAGCGUUUGUUGUUGAAAGUGCCACAGACACACUGAAGCUUGUGCUUUUCCAGAUUUUACUAUGGAACAGUCAUGGAAAAAUGUUAAAUUUUUAUCCAUGCAAACGUGUGGGAACCCUGGUCGUCAGUGAGAAAGCUGCAUUUUGUCUGCCAACGUGAUCAUUCCUUUAAAUGUUCAUCAGUGAUUAGAGCUGGGGUCAGCAGAAAUCUGCAAAAAAAAAUGUGAAAUACACCCUCCUCCUGUAGCUCCUCCCUCUCUGUCCUAAGCCCCUCCCACCAGACAACCAUGGUUCUAUGCACAUGCUUCAUACUGUAAUGCUGUUUUUCCAGUAUUGAUUUAUUUCUCCCUGUUUCUCCUUAGAGGAGGGCAAAAAGCAUAACAUUACAGGAAUGAAGUCACAAUUUCAGAAAAAAAGUCGAUCUGUGACUGAGUUAAAUCUCAUGAAACGACAACUUUAUUUCUCUUAAAAUUACGAGUUUAAUCUCAUAAUAUUACGACUUUUGUUCUCGUAAAUUUACAUGUUAAAUCUCACAAUAUUAUGACUUUUAUUCUCGUCGAUUUACAAAAUUAAUCUCAUAAUAUUACAAUACAUUUACAAACUUAAUCUUGUAAAAUUACAACUUCAUUCUUGUAAAUUUACAGUUU